AGGCAAUCACUAUGCAUGGGGAAUGGAGUUCGUAUACCCUGGGCUCCAGUAAACCCUGGAGAGAGCUGCCCAGCCCGUGUCAUUCAUUCCACUCUCUCCUCUUCCGUUUCUCAGUUGGCACUGCGGUACAACAUCCCUCCCCCUCCCGGGUUCUCCACCUUCAGCAUCUCCGCAGAAGCGAGGGGGCUCUGCAAUGUCACUGACAAGAAGACCCUGAAAGUGCUCUUCACAGUCAGUUACAAUGGGAAAAGAGAGGAAACCAACAUGGUGAUCGUGAAUGUGAAACUGCUGUCUGGAUUCAGCCCUGAUAAGCGCUCUCUGGAGAAUCUUCAAAGAGCUCCCCUUGUGAAGCGUGUCGACACUGAGGACGGGCACGUCAUCGUCUAUAUUGAUGGGCUGAGACGAUUGCUACCCAUGAAUUACUCCUUCAACAUCAUUGAGGAUGUUAACGUGAGGAACCUGAAACCAGCUGUGGUCAAGAUCUACGACUACUACCAGACAAGUGAACAUGCUGAAUCUGAGUACAGCUCCCCCUGCCAUGAACCUGAGGAAGUCAAUAAAGUCUAACAGACCAGCUGACCAACACGGACCAUUCCCCAAAAUCAGCUUCCUGUAAUUCCUGCUGUAAUUGCUGUAUGUUCAGAAAAAGAAGCUUUUAAAGUCAAAUAAAUUUGCAGAAAUUGCAUUUGUAUAAAUGAA